AUGGCAGACUGUAACUGCGCCCUGUGCGGGGCCCCAACGUUUCAUCCCACAUGGGACCCGGUGGAAGAGGUGGAUGAAAAUGGGAUGCGCCGAUACUCGAUGGCCACAUUAGUAUCUGGCCCUGAUGACCCUGAAUUAGCCCUUCCCCAGUUGCCGGCACCAGAUGAAGUUGACCAUGGUGGAAUCCCGACACCGUCAAAUGGACAAGUCAACAGCACCGAAGUUGGGGGCAUCGGAUGGGUCGAGAGUAAUGGUGGGCCGCACUAUACCUGGACCAUAGACUGGCACAACAGCGAUAUGUGGCGUUUCCCGUUUCAUUUGGAGUGCAUCAAGAUCCUGUGUCGAUACUUGGAUAUUCCAAUGUCGCAACUCAACAACACAUCCAUUUUUGAGGUGCUCAAGAGCUUGGAGGAACACAGCGAGCACGGGACAUUUCUCGAUAUCGACUAUGGCGAUAUCACCGACGUGAUGUGCGAAUGGACAAGAAACAGUAGCGAGGAUUAUUUCAUUUUCGAUCCUGUGAAUGUGACUAGCCUCACGGAAUUGUACCAGAAUCCUCCUCGCUGCGACGAUUCGAUUACACACGAGAAGAAGAUGGUCAGUGUGAAAGGCGACCCUUUCAGAAGGUUUUCACACGAGAUCAUUCUUCUCAUAAUGUCGGAGUUGGACGUGCCCACCACCUUUAAGAUGCGGCAAACCUCACCGGCUUUCUCAAACAUUGGGCUUGGGGUGAGUUUCUGGAAAUCGCAUAUCGUGGGCGAUAUGCCUUGGCUGUGGGAUUUCCCAGCUUCUACUCUGGUCCAAGUUGAAGGCGUUGAUUGGGAGAAACUCUACCGCACCUUGUACCGGGGAAGCAGGUAUAAUGCUGCCAACGGCUUCCAAUUCAACGGGCUGUGCAACAGGAGGAGAAUCUGGGAACAAAUGUGCCCUGUGUUCGCUGUGCCAUAUCUGGAGAACGAGUCCCGUCGAAGGCUUAAAGUUCCUGAAACCACCCAAAAUCAGGGACAUGAUGAAUGA